AACAAAUGCACGCAGCACAUGUAUGUUCCCAUUAAUAAAGCAAGUACGUGGGCCUCACAAAAUCUUGAUAUCGUACUUUUCUUAUCUGAUUGACCAGUGUUUAUCUGUAAGAUCUUUGAAUUUAGCCGAAACCAUUUAUGCCCAGUUGAUAAAAUUUGGAUUGGAUCGAAGUACUUUUCUGGGUAAUCGCUGUCUUGAUCUCUACUUCAAGCUCGGCGCACCAUAUGAUGGUUUGAGAAUUUUUGAUUGCGUUACCGAGAAAAACACUAUAUCCUGGAACAUUAGUUUAAAUGGUUUAUUAAAAUUUGGUCAUUUUUGGGGGGCAUUGUCUAUGUUCGAUGAAAUGCCGGAACGAGAUGUUGUUAGUUGGAACUCAAUGAUCAUGGGCUGUAAAUCUUGUGGAUUUUCUAGUUAUGCGCUGAAGCUUUUCUCGGACAUGCAACAUGCGGGUGUUAGACCGAGUGAGUUUACCUUCUCGAUUCUGACAUCUCUUGUGUUGUGUUCUCUCCAGGCCAAGCAGAUUCAUGGUAGCAUGAUUCGUAGAGGUGCUUGUUUUUCAAACGUGGUGCUUGGGAAUUCAUUAAUUGAUAUGUACGGGAAACUUGGCCUUGUUGAUUAUGCUUUUGGUGUGUUUCUGAGUAUGAGUGAAUUGGAUAUCAUCUCCUGGAAUUCAUCGAUUUCAAGCUUUUGUAAGUGUGGCCAUGGAGAAUUGGCAUUGGAUCAGUUUUGUUUGAUGAGAUCCCUUGGUUAUUCCCCUGAUGCGUACACUGUUUCCACUGUUAUAACUGCCUGUUCUACUCUACAAAUGGUGGAGAAGGAUUGGAGGAUUCAGUUAAGCUUUUUCAAGAACUAGACCUCUGGGAUUCUGCAAUAUGCAAUUCAAUGAUUUCAGGCUAUGCAAAUCAUGGUUUUGUGGAGGAUGCUCUACAGCUUUUUGUGCUGAGCUUGAGAGAGGG